AUGAUUACGGCCCGGAAAGCUCUAGAGUGCUUGGACGAAGGUCAAAUCAAUCUCAAGCAAUGGGUGCAACCCCUGGUUGCCGAGAACAACGCCCAAGCCAUCAAGGACCCGCGUCUAGACGCUCCCAAUGAUGUGAUCCUCAAGCUCGCCCGCUUCGCCCUCUCCUGCACCGCCACGCCCGUGGCCACCCGCCCCUCCAUGGCACGCAUUCUCUCCGACCUCAUCGCCAUGAAGGAAGAGUUUCUUGGCCCAGACCAAGACCCCCUGGUGGUGCGGAUAGACAGUGACCUGGAGAACCGCCGCGGGCCGACCUUCUCGCAGGAGAUUCGGCGGGCGAAUGCGGUGGCUUCGGAGUGGGAAGGGGGGUCAGGGAUGAGUGUUGGGAUGGGGUCGAUAGGGGAAAUGGAGUCCGUAGAUAGCGGUACCUUGGUGGUGCGCAUCGACAGCGACCUGGAGAAUCGCCGCGGGCCGAGAUUUUCAAGGGAGAUUCGGAGGGCGGAGGAGGUGGCUUCAGGGCAGGGAGAUGGGGCUUCGGUGUCGAGCGGUGCUAUGGGGUCGAGUGGGGUGGUCCCCUCCCCCCACUGCUGCAUCCGCAGCAGGGGGAUGGCAGAUCCCUUCCCCCCCACUGCGGCACCCGCAGCAGGGGGAGGGAGAGGAGAAAAGGGCGGAGAGGAGGGGGGGGGGGGGGGGGGGGGGGGGGCUGGUGCUGCAGGUCCCCUCCCCCCACUGCCGCAUCCGCAGCAGGGGGAUGGCAAAUCCCCUUCCCCCCCACUGCUGUACCCGCAGCAGGGGGAGUUUCCUCCCCCUCUCCCCGCCAUCCCCAUGGAGGGGGGGGAGGGGGGCGGGGGCGGAGCUGCACGUGCGACUGAAGGGCACGCGGGCAGGAGGAACCCCCUCUUGCCACCCCCUCACCCACCAUGGCGCAACAGGGCACCGGGGCCGCGGUUAGGGGCGGCAGGUCGCGAGGGGCCAUGGCUAGGGGCGACGGAGCCGGGCGCUGGGCAGGUACGGGGCCGGGCGCUGGGCAGGAACGGGGCCGGCCGCUGGGCAGGUACGGGGCCGGCCGCUGGGCAGGUACGGGGCCAGGCGCUGAGCAGGGACUGGGCCGGGCGCUGGGCAGGUACGUGGCCGGGCGCUGGGCAGGAAUGGGGCCAGGCGCUGGGCAGGGACUGGGCCGGGCGCUGGGCAGGUACGGGGCCAGGCGCUGGGCAGGUACUGGGCCGGUCGCUGGGCAGGUAUGGGGCCGGGCGCUGGGCAGGUACGGGGCCUGGCGCUGGGCAGGUACGGGGCCGGGCGCUGGGCAGGUACGGGGCCGGGCGCUGGGCAGGUACGGGGCCGGGCGCUGGGCGCGGAAUGGGGCCGGGCGCGGGGCUAGGUACGGGGCCGGGCGCGGGCAAGAGACGGGGCCGGGUGCUGGGCGAAGGACGGGGCCAGGCGCGGGCUUGGUACGGGCCGGGCGCGGGCUAG